AUGGUGACAGGUCCUUUCCAGGUGGAGAACAAGAAGACCGGCAAGGAGGACGAGCGGAACGUCAUCGUCAGCGUGUGCACCGGGGAGGAGAAGAAGAACAAGGCCACCGGACAGUUCUUUGAUGCCAGCAAUAUGGUGACGCGCAACCUGGUGAUGUACCAGGGCGAGCGGGGCCAAUGGUGGCUGUACUCGGAACAGAAGAUGAACUCGCUGAAGGACUGCAUCGAUCACUACCGCACCAACAGUUUGCAAGCGCAAAAGGGCGACCAGGACAAGGACCUGAAGCUGUCCGGCCCGGUACCCAGGGCCACCUGGGAGCUGCACUACGACAACAUCAAGCUCGAGAAGCAGCUGGGCCACGGCGAAUUUGGAGAGGCAAGC